AAGAAAAAACGGGUAGGCGCCCAAACAUUAAUUGGAGCGCUAGACCUAAAAAAAACACAGAGCGAGCUAGAAAGAAAAAGAAUGGCAAGCGAAGAAGAGAGCGCGGUAAAAGAGCCAUUGGAUCUCAUCAGACUUAGCCUGGACGAGCGUAUCUACGUCAAGCUCCGCUCUGAUCGUGAACUUCGCGGAAAACUCCACGCGUAUGAUCAGCAUUUGAAUAUGAUUCUUGGGGAUGUUGAAGAAAUUGUUACUACAGUCGAAAUCGACGAUGAAACCUAUGAAGAGAUUGUUCGGGCUACAAGACGCACAGUGCCUUUCCUAUUCGUUAGAGGAGAUGGUGUCAUAUUGGUCUCUCCUCCAUUGAGGACAGCUUAACUUGGAGGAUGAAAUUCAAUGUGCAAUCAUCAGGAAGAGAAAUCUACCUUCUUCAUCUGUUGUUUACACUGCCAUUGCUGUACUUUAGAACCUGCCCAAGCUUAUUUUGCAUCAUAUUAUUAACGUAGUUUGGGGUAAAGAUUGCGGAAUAGCCUACAGUUUUAGAUCGUUUUGUAAUUGACAUGACUUCUAAAUUUGGACUGAUUUGUACGAGUUGCCAAGCUGAAACUUUGUUUUAGGGAAAUAUAUAUUAUGGAGCAACUUUGUCAGAA